UCCCCGGUAACGGAGAGCCGUUUCCCCUGGCAACGGAGAGACGCUUCCUCGCGGCGCCAUGGCGGCCAAGGAGAAGGCCAAGGAGAGGGAGAAAGAGAAAGAGAGGGAGAAGGAGAAGGAAAGUGUCCCAGUGGCCGUGCCAUCUCUUCAGGAAGAAGAAAUUGUUGCUAAAGAUGAAGAGGAAAUGGCUUGGAAAUUCCUUUCUCUUGAAGAGGUUACUGUGCUUUUGGAGCUAGAUGUAGUUGGAGUUCAAAAAGCCUUGGAAGAAUUUCUAAAUUUGAAACAUCGGUUGACAUCUUUGAAAGAGGCUGUGAUACUGGAUUAUUACAUCUCAGGAUUUUUGUGGGCUAAAUCAUUAGAAUUCACAUCUGUGCAACUCGGAGGAUUCCUGACUCUGUUAAAUUUGCUGAUGGAGAACAUUGACAGCCAACAUAUGACACUGGAACAGAACAUCCAAGAACUUAUGAAUGCAAUGGCAGGAAUUGGACAAUGUAAUCCCAAGAAAAGUGGUGGGUUUGAGUUCUUCACUGUGGACCAAGCCAAGGAUAUAAUAAAUUAUUUGAAGAUCAGCUUAUUUCAACAUUAUACUCUAUAUCAGUAUCUUUUCCACAGUCCCAGGGAAGAACUUGUUAUUGGAGACGAGAACAUAGUAGAACUAGUGAAGCCUGCAGAAAGCCCUUUCCCUGCUCCCUUGGAAGAAGGUCUGCCUUAUGAGAUUUAUUCUAAAUUUAUCACACCAGGCCCAGAGAUAGAAGAGGAAAUCAAGGAAAUGGAUGAAGACCACCCAGAAGAGGAACCCGAGCCUGAAAGUGUGAUAGAUCCUUUGGAGGGUUAUACCAUAGAGGAUGUCCAGUCAGUGCUUGGUGUAAUUACCAAUGAAAUGAUCAGCGGUGUUCAGUCUGAGAUAAAUGAAAAGCUACAAACGCAAGAAGAGGCCUAUUCUGCAAGAAUAGACAAGCUAAAGAAAAUCUAAAAAAUGAAAACCUUCUGCAAACAGAUUGAUGACAGUGCCUUGCACAGAUUAUCUAAAUGCAUUUUAUUUCUGAAGGUCAGCAUAAUGAAGUCAGUGUUUCUCAAUCCAGCAAGUAUUGUUCUAAUACAAUAUCUUUAUGUAAUAUGUAUAUAUUGAGUAAUAAAUGAAAAACAGAAACUGAAAUAAAACCCUAAACUUUCAUUUUUAAAGCA